CAGUCUCUCUCCAGUGCUCUUUGCAGUUUUUAUGAGCUCUUUUCAAGGAACUCGUUAAGCAUCUCCUGCACAUACAGAGACCAUAAAUGUCUACAGAAAUUAACCCGGUGUGCUAGAGCAUAGACUGGGCUGAUUACUUUGCCUGCCUGCAGACCCAGAGAGAAACCUCAUAAUACCAUUGGCAACAAAGUUGGAGGAUAGUUCUCUUUGAAUUGGGGACGAAAAUAUCAAGAACUGCGGAUAGCAUACAGUAGCUUUUUGAUGUUAUCGGUCACAUUCAUGCAGCAGGAGAUGUGUAUUUUUUUUCCUGCUGCAUUUACAGUUGUAGAUUACUGGUCUAUAUUAAGUCGGUGGUCAAUUAGUCAGUCUCUGGUCCAUGUUGCCUGGUACACAGCAUGUAUUGUUUAUAAGUUUUACGAAGGGAACUUGACCCGGGGUUGAAAACUGGUCACUGAUCUUGGCCUUGGUUACCAAUGUCCAUAUGAUUGUUAAUGCUUGCCAUACACAUAAAGGCGUAAGAGAAGUGACAGCUUUUCACAUUUUCUACCAAAGUUUUUCAACCGCAAAGUAGGGCCAAUAGCUUGAAUACCAUGAAACCGUGCAAUCAGAAAAGAGUGCUCAAAGAAUACCUAUUCCUUUAUUAGACCCUACACUUGUGUCUUAGAGUUGUUUUAGAUUUGUGUGUCUCUAUGUCUUCUUUUCUGCUAGAAUUUGUCAAUUACUGCUUGCAUGUAUAUACCCAACAAGUCAAGUACAUUGUGGGAUCUCUGUGGUAUUUUGCAAAUGCUCUGAUCGUAUUUUGACAGAAUUGCUGUUCAUUGGUAAAGCUUGAUUGUGUAAGGAUGACGUUUAUAGUUUACAUGCAUGUGAAGCCAGAAUACCACACAAAUGCCCUGAAUUGUUGGUUGGCUUUUGUUUGUUCAUCCUGUCGUUUGCUGUUUUGUGUCUGUAGCCACCCCACCACCUGUCAACACAACCCCAAUGCCAAGCCUGCCAUGUGAGUCUGGUCCAUGCCGAAAUGGUGGCACUUGCCAAAAUGUUGGUGCCUCGUAUCGUUGUGAUUGUCCCACUGGUUAUCAAGGCCAGACUUGUGAGACUAUAGUGGAUUGCUCUGCUUCCAACCCAUGUGAUAAUGGAGGAACCUGUGAUGCUGAUGGACGUUGUACGUGUCCUAUAGGUGUUACAGGCAAUCGAUGCCAAACCACUGUAAAUACUUGUGUGGAGGGGACUACUUGCAAGAAUGGAGGCUCAUGCAGCGGAUCCAGUAAUAAGACCUGUGAAUGUCCACUGGGCUAUACCGGAGACACUUGUGAUAAUAAGGUACCCAACCAUUGUGAAAACAAUCCAUGCAAGAAUGGUGGAACUUGUCUCAACCGAGAAGAGCAAUUUUCCUGUGCCUGCAAGCCAGGCUACACGGGUCAGACAUGUACCAGUACAACAAUCGAUCCGAACAAAAAUGGUCAGACCGGACUUUCCCUGGAGAUCUGGUGGAUUGCCCUGAUUGCUCUAAUUGGUCUUCUACUCAUCAUCAUCGUCAUUGCUGUCCUCUUCACCGUCUGCCGCUCAAGCCAACCGGAUGAGGCCCACAUAGUGGGCAACCGCAAAGAAUAUCCCUGAGUUCUACCCUUCCCCGUGCCCCAGAAAACAUUUACGUUACUUUCUCUUUAGGGAUAAAACUGUGGGACCAGAUGUCUUCGGGUGGCUAAGCAUGGAUUUGAAAAGAAAACUACACAACUUCAGCAAUUCGAUUUCUUCCCUCGCACUUACCCCGUGACUUUGUCAUAGGUUUAGGCAGCAUGUGCAAUGGUUGGUUAUAAGUGAAGAUCUUGAGUUAAUACUCAGGUGCUCAAUCGUGUCAAAAGGUCAUGAACAAAUUGAUUUUUAACACAAAUUUAAAAUGUCAAAAGAAAAGAACAUUCACACACACAUUUCUGGCCUUGAUUUCACAACUUACUUAAAUUGAACCAAUUUGUCCCUACAUAUGUCAAUAUUUCUGGACUGCUUACAAGGGCAUCAACUGUCCUUUGCAUCAUUCAACCAAGCUGUCACAUAUCAGCAUUGCAUUGUGGGACACUUCCCACAUAACCAGCUCGGCGGAUUAGCUACUUGGGCCAGGUCUGAGUAAGCUUGAGAAGUCUCACGAGAGUCAAAUCAAAUGCAGUAGGGCUUAUCCUAGUAAGUGCAAGGGAAGUAAUCAAACACACUGCUUGUGGCUACCACCAUAAGAGAAAUAACAUAUUUAUGAGCCAGCCAAAAUCAGCAGGGAACCAGUCACAAGAGAGGUACAGCGAACGGUACUUUUGUUGCUAAGCAAGUGUGUCUGUCCUAAGCAGAUUUCUGUGGUAUGGUCACUCAUUGGAGUUAGCUCCUACUGAGACCGUGUUGACAUUUAUGUGCAUAAUCUGCUAUGCACUUUUUACUCUUUAACCCUAACACUCCUCGGUCCUCCAACAGGUGAAGGAUUGAGGAGGGUUAGGGUUUAUGUGCUUUCAGUGUUUUUUGUUUUCUUUUGGGGGGGGGAGCUUGCAUGUGUGUUGUAUGUGCUGCGCACAUUCCCAAUUCCAAAUCAUUCUCGGGUACGUGUGAGACAACAAAAUUGGAAAAAUCCUAUGAUUGAAGUCCCUCCUUUGUCUCUAAAAAUGGCCCAUUAGCCCUACCCCCUGGAACCACUGAAAUUAUGCAGAAUCUUGUUGAAUUCAGCAUGGUUAGAUUUAAUUGCUGAACUCAGCAGAGUACCAGACGAGCUUAUCUUGAAUUGCCUCACAACGUUCACGAGGCAGUGUCUUUUUUGACGUACAUAUGGUUGCACAUUUUUUGUCUGUGUUCCAUUUUCCUCCAAACAGCCUGUGUAGCAAAAAGUACACAGAGGACAGCUGAAAGCAGCAAGCGGACUUUUGGGCAGUGAACAGUUGAAAAUGUACACAGCUGUUUGGUAAAAGGAAUAGAGAAGCUUAGACGACUGUGAGGCACGAUUGCAUUGAUGGCGCCAGUGAGUGGACGAUGCGCAUGAAUUGAUGAGAAUUUCAAAUGUGACAGUGAGCCCAACGACAGCAUGCCCGUCAGCUUGGAGAAAUAAUUAUUUGGUCAGCUGCAGGCAGCUCUCCUUACCCAACAUUUGCUUUGCAGUCUCUUACAGAUACACAGGAAAGUGAUACACAGGAAAGUGAUCUUUGACAUUUAAAAAAAAAAUUAGGGCAGGCACUGUAAAUUGUCUCCUGUCACCCCCAUUUAGACUCAUGAAAGACAUUAACUUAAUUGAAUUCCCCCCCCCCUGUUUUUUUAACAAGGCCAUUCAGGGUCCAUAGCCUGAGUGGUGAGUUGUUAAUUUUUUUAAUGUACAGGCAAGUAGGUUUUGGUCAUCAGUGCAUCUGAUUGAAAUUUGUUUUAUCAUGCUUUCAAAAUUUCAGAUUUAUUAAAAAAAAUAUUUAAAAAUGUUGCAAUGAACAGUGUUAAGAGUUCUGUUCACUCUCAAUCCAAAUGCCCACCUAUUUUCUUCCAGCCACAGGCCCGAGGCAAGAUCCAGGUACUGAAUUGUUCUGGAUCUGAACUGACUUUUAACAUUCUAUCAGCAAGGACCAAGCCUUGGAAAGAGCAGCGCAAUAAUUGUUUUUUUUUCAGAGAUUAAUUUAAUUGGUUGGAGUUGGUUUCAAAGUAGAUUUUGCUGUAAAGUUGGUGCCAAGUACUUGCAUGCAAGUAGAUAUAUCAGUCAUAGAGAAACUUGACAGAGUGUGGGAUAAGAGGGAAAUAUUUAGUUGCAUGUCCAUGGAACAGCUUUGAUGUUAUCAAACACCAAAGUGAAAUAGUUCUUAUGGGUUUAGUAUUGAAGAAAAUAUAUGCAAUUUAAGAACUGUAGUAAAACUAGUAUUUUUGUACCUUUCAAGACUCUUUAAGAGCAUAAUAUGCUGAUAUUCAAAUAUUUCAUUGGGAAUAGGUAGAUUGCAAAUUGAAUAUUGGUAAAUAGUGUCGCAAUAUUUUUCCAUAUGUGUAUCCACUGUACAUGGUUUCACACAGAUUUGUCACACAUACAGCUACCACAGCAGGUGUUUAUGUGUAAACAUGUAUAUAUAUAUAUAUAUGGCUAGUUGAUUUGAAAAAAAGGACAGAGUUUGCUGUACCUGUUCAAGUUUCUGAAUCUAAUCUGUGUUUUCUGAGUGAAUUCUUGGAAAGCUGUAUCAGUGGAUGGCACCUUAAUAUAUCUUUACUUUACCAUGGUGCCGCAAGGCAUGGCAUUUCCAUUGUCUUUAAAGCAAACGACUCUCCUGACAAUUUACAGGAGACUACCCUGAGAAUCAGGCAAAGACCAAACUCCUUAUAGCUGUGAGGAUUUGCAUUGAUAGCAUUUCAUUCUCCUUUUUUUUACUGCAGCAGGAAGAUAAUAUGCAUUCUUAUUAUUUCAAGAUUAGAGGUUUUUUUCUUUAAUCGAGUCAGGAAUGAUCCCUGACCACAAAAGACCAUUGGUGAGAAGACAGAAACCUUUGUCCGGUUCCGGGUAGAGCCUUACAAGACAGCGAUUCUUACAAGGGUUAGGUUUUUGGAGUACAGUGACUGAACAGAAAUAUUCUUAUGUUAGCCUUAUCAAAUUUCAUUUCAGGCCGGCAGAACUGGCGUUUGUAGUCAUUUGUGGGAAGAUCACGUCACUAACCCUAACUGCAUGGCUACAGUGUGCAUGUAAAUAUGUUAUACCAGGCACACUGUUGUGCGUGUGCUUUUUUAAAAUUCACUUUUUACAAUUUCACUUCUUUCCAGAAGUCAUUUUGUUCCUUCACAGAAUAUGGGCACUGAAAGCUUCCAAUACCUGCGUGUUGGCUCUGAAUCAAGUCUUAUAGGCUUUGUUGGCGACUGUUACUCUCAAUACACGUGGGUGUACAGAAAAACAUCGCUUUCCCAUUAGUCGUGCUUCAUAUUGCACAGACGGUAACUAUUUACCUUUCUGUCACUCUGAACUAACCAUGCAAUGCCAGAGUUUGCUACCGACAUGAUGGAGAGGCUCUUCUCUCUCACCCAUGGGUGGCACUCCUGCCGCUCGUGUGCUCAGGAGUGUACACUUCCUGUUCAUGCGAGUAACACGCUUGAGCACAGCCGUAGGCUUAAUGAGACAAAGCAGAACUUACUUUGGCAAGUUUGUACUUAGUCACAACCGCAAUUAGGCAGAUUUGAUUUUACAAGUGGAAAAAAGUUCAAGUGACCAUUACAUAGAAUUCUGUCACAAAAAUGUCUUGGAAGAUGAAGAAUCUUGAUAAAAUGUAAAGUUUCUGCAAUAGCCCAUCACAGUAUGUAACAUUUCGAGGAAAUGUGUUUUAUGAAGGAUUCUUGAAUUUUAAGACAUUUUUAACAAAAUUCUACGUUUGGAGACAUUUCACCUCGUACAUGUAGUUAGGCAAAUGAUAAGAACUAAGCAAAGGUCAACAACGUGUAUUUUCUGGAAAUUCAUAGCUCUGGGGUGUUAGUUUUAAGUUUAGACAUAAACUGUACUUGUUCAAAUCAAAAAUUAUGAUUUAACUUUAAAAAAAUGCAAACUUGAAAAAAUUGGCAAAUUGCAUUACCUUUUAUAUUUUAAGAUGUGCUUUUCAGUGCAUAUGUGAUCAUAAUGCAAUUUGAGAGACUAUUUUGAAAUGACAAAAAUGUCAUUUUCUCACAUUCAAAACAAGUACACGAUUAUAACAUGGAUCGAAGAUGGAUGGUCAGUUUUGGUCCCCCGAUGAGGCAUUGGAAGAAGACAGACUUGUCCCAAGCCCAGCAUAAACCAUGCUAUAAAUACCAUACCUCUGACAUAUUCACUUGCCGUCAAAUUUCAGGAGCAAAGGAGAAGCAGGAGGUUUGUGUGCCACUGUCCGUUCAUUCGUAACACAAACAGAGAGUAGCUGGAGCUUUGUAUACUUGUACACUUUGAAUAACUGCGCCACGGUUCCAUGAACUGUUCCCAGGAACAAAUUGGUGGUGAUGUGUACCAUGUAUUUGACUUGUUAGGGAUGAUAAAAGGACCAGGGACAGUGUUGCUCUGAAUCAUGAAUAUGUAUGAGGUACGGUAAUAAAAAAAUGUAGUCCUGCGUGUUUACAGGAUCAUAUGCUUUGUUUGAGGGAAGAUUUUCUCGAGGAAAUUAUCACUUUGCUCACCGUUGAAUGACUUAGUAUUGAUGUUAGGGCACAGAAUCGGAGAAAAAAUAUAUCCUUGACAUUUUUACUUUUAUUGCAUUUUAAUCUGAUGACAAUGCAUUAUGUUUAAAUGAUUAUUAUAUCAAUACAGAAAUUACUGAAAACAUAUAUUUUUUAUUGCUGCUUUGUAAUCAUGAUGAUUGUUCCUAUAAUUGAUCUGAAGGUGAUUAAAUUGGAACAAUUAUUGUUGCAGUUAAA